AUGUGCUUGGAGCCUGCCCGGAUCAGAGACGCCUUCAAAUAUGUCAAUACCGCGGUGUCCAUUCUCGUGUUUGUGGUUGGAAUCCUCGGGAACGUGGCCUUAUUAAAAAUCAUAUCUGCAAACAAGUCCAUGAGGAGCGGACCCAACAUUCUCAUCGGCAGCCUGGCUCUGGGAGAUCUCAUCCACAUCGUGAUCGACAUCCCGGUCAACACGUACAGGCUGAUAGCAGAGGACUGGCCCUUCGGAUUGGUGCUGUGCAAACUCGUCCCCUUUGUGCAGAAAACCUCCGUCGGCAUCACGGUGUUGAGCCUCUGCGCUCUAAGUGUUGACAGAUACCGUGCCGUAGUAUCCUGGAAUCGAAUCAAAGGCCUGGGGGUGUCUGCGUGGACAGCGGUGGAAAUAGCCUUGAUAUGGGUUGUUUCCCUCACACUCGCUGUGCCUGAAGUGCUGGGGUUUGAUAUGAUAACCAUGGACUAUAAAGGCAGACAUUUGAGAAUAUGCCUCCUCCAUCCCAUGCAAAGCUCCCACUUCAUGCAGCUCUAUAAAUCAGGCAAGGACUGGUGGCUCUUCGGCUUCUACUUCUGCAUGCCGCUGCUGUGGACGGCCAUAUUCUACACACUCAUGGCGCGGAAAAUGCUGCGGAAGAACUCGGAGGCCUUAAGCGACCACACCAAGCAGAGAAGGGACGUUGCAAAGACCGUCUUCUGCUUAGUGAUUGUCUUUGCGCUCUGCUGGCUGCCUUUGUACCUCAGUAGAAUCUUGAAAAAAACUAUUUAUGACCAGAAGGAUCCUAAUCGCUGCCAACUUCUGAGUGUUUUCCUCGUCCUGGAUUAUUUUGGCAUCAAUAUGGCGUCACUCAACUCCUGCAUCAACCCCAUCGCUUUGUAUCUUGUCAGUAUAAGAUUUAAAAGAAGUUUCAAGGCGUGCCUGUGCAGUUGGCGUCUACCUCUUCAAGCUGUCACGCGUGACGAAGCGCAGUCUGUUUUGAAGUCCAGAAUGCAGGAUCAGGCCUCGGAGAAUCCACAUCAAAGCCUGGACUCCCACGACCACACCUGUAACUGA